CCCCACUGCGCAUGCGUACUGGAAGGCCAUGUUGUUGUAGUUCAGUUUGACUGGACCGUCAUAUCCCACCGUUCCCGUAUGUCUCAGCGAUCAUCGCCCCACUCCCGUCUAUGACAUCGGGGCAUCGCAAAUAAACCGGUGGGAACAAACGCCGUAUCGCACAAUGAAUUUAAGUUUGGAUCUGUCGCGGAGAAACCCGCAGGAGGACUUUGAGCUGAUUCAGAGGAUCGGGAGCGGAACCUAUGGAGAUGUGUACAAGGCUCGUAACGUCAGCACUGGAGAACUGGCUGCUAUCAAAGUCAUCAAAUUAGAACCAGGAGAAGACUUUGACGUGGUGCAGCAGGAGAUUAUUAUGAUGAAAGAUUGUAAACACUCAAACAUUGUGGCAUAUUUUGGCAGUUACCUCAGGAGAGAUAAAUUAUGGAUCAGUAUGGAAUAUUGUGGCGGUGGCUCACUCCAGGAUAUUUACCAUGUUACUGGGCCCUUGUCAGAAUCCCAGAUUGCAUAUAUGUGUCGUGAAACCCUACAGGGUGUUUACUAUCUCCAUAACAAAGGCAAGAUCCACAGAGACAUAAAGGGAGCAAAUAUUCUGCUGACAGACAAUGGCUAUGUUAAGCUAGCGGAUUUUGGUGUUUCGGCUCAAAUAUCAGCGACUUUAGCAAAGAGAAAGUCUUUCAUUGGAACUCCAUAUUGGAUGGCACCUGAGGUGGCAGCCGUAGAGAGGAAAGGGGGCUACAAUCAGCUCUGUGAUAUUUGGGCCGUGGGCAUUACAGCUAUUGAGCUAGCAGAGCUGGAGCCACCAAUGUUUGACUUACACCCCAUGAGAGCUCUUUUCUUAAUGACCAAAAGCAAUUUUCAGCCACCCAAACUGAAAGAUAAAGUCAAGUGGACAAAUAAUUUUCAUCACUUUGUGAAAAUGGCUUUGACUAAAAAUCCCAAGAAGAGACCCACCGCGGACAGAUUGCUACAGCACCCGUUUGUAACUCAGCCACUUAGCCGCACUCUUGCCAUUGAGCUGCUGGACAAAUCCAACAACCCUGACCACAGCACACAUAGUGAUGCAGAAGAAGAUGACAUUGAUCCAGAGUCACCUGUCUCGGUUCCACAUCGAAUCCGUUCGACUAGCAGGAGCUCACGAGAUGGAAAGACUCUGUCUGAGAUCAACUUUGAUAAGGUGAAGUUUGAACCACCGCUAAAGAAAGAGACUGAACCACAUCAUGACAUGGAUCUGCCAUUAGAGCCACAGAGCAUUCUGGGAAAUAACAAGAGUCUAUUAAAAUCUGUUGCUGAGGAACUUAGUCAAAGGGGUCAUGUGACACAUUUAGAGGAUGAGGAGGAGGAUGAAGGUGAUAAUUUGCACUGUAACUCCACGUCAACCAUGAGGCCUAAAGUACCGCCCCCCCUACCUCCCAAGCCGAAGUGUCUAUCUCAGAGCAGUACAGCCUCAGAGGACAGUGGUGGAGAGGGAACUAUCAAACGUUGUCCACCUUCUUCAUGCUCCACCCCUCCUGCACGCCCAGCUUCCUGUGUUCCUCCCAGACCACCACCUCCUCGCCUGCCUCCACACAGGCGUAGUAGUCUAGGUAGUGGACUUUCUGUUCAGGAAAAUGGAGAGAGAGAAAGACUGGCAUCACUUCCUGCAUCCAGUUUACAGAAACCGAUAAGUAAUGGCCUGCCACCUACCCCUAAAGUACAUAUGGGAGCUUGUUUCUCUAAGGUGUUUAAUGGCUGUCCACUGAAGAUACACUGUGCAUGUUCCUGGAUAAACCCAAACACCAAGGAUCAGUAUCUGAUUUUUGGAGCAGAGGAAGGAAUUUAUACUCUGAAUCUGAAUGAAAUCCAUGAGAGCAGCAUGGAACAGCUGGUCUCACGGAGGUGCACAUGGGUGUACGUAAUGAACAACUGGCUGCUCUCUAUAUCAGGUAAAGCAUCUCAGCUAUACUCCUACAACCUGACAGGGCUUUUUGAGCAAGCACGACAGAUGCAGAAGUUACCUGUCGCUAUACCAACACAUAAACUCCCAGACAAAAUCAUCCCUCGGAAGUUUACUGUGUGCAAUAAAAUACCAGAUACCAGGGGUUGUCAGAAAUGCUGUGUAGUGCGAAACCCAUACACAGGUCAUAAGUACUUAUGCGGAGCUUUCCAGUCUAGCGUAAUGCUGUUUGAAUGGGUGGAGGCUAUGCAACGCUUCAUGUUGAUAAAGAGUAUAGACCUUGCUCUGCCAUGUCCAUUAGAAGUCUUUGAGAUGUUGGUGGUUCCUGAGCAGCAUUAUCCACUGGUUUGUGUGGCAGUCAGUAAAGGGAGUCACCCUGAUCAGGUGGUCACAUUCGGCACUGUUGAUCCAAACGCUGCCAUCCCUGCUUUUAUGGAGCCAGAAACGCCUCAGACGUGUGUGAUUCAUGUGACUCAGCUGGAGAGAGACACUGUUCUUGUGUGUCUAGAUCGGUGCAUCAAACUGGUGAAUUUGCAGGGCCGGCUAAAAUCCAAUAGGAAACUGUCAACAGAACUUACAUUUAACUUCCAGAUUGAGGCAAUAGUAUGUCUUCAGGACAGUGUUUUGGCAUUCUGGAAACACGGAAUGCAGGGACGAAGCUUUAAAAACAGUGAGAUUACUCAGGAGAUUUCUGACAACUCGCGAAUCUACAGGCUGCUGGGUUCAGACAGAGUGGUGGUGUUGGAAAGCAAACCGACAGAAGACCCAUCGGCUCAAAGUAAUCUGUACAUUCUCGCGGGCCACGAAAACAGCUACUGACAAUGCAGGCACUACUGACAACACACACUGCCUUAACACACAGUAAAGCCACACUACAUGUUGCACACUACAAAGUAUGUUACUAAGACAUAUACACCUCAUGUUCAUUUGUAAAGCUACUGAACAUAAGACAAAGUAACUAAACGCUACAGUUCAAAAAACACUACAGAUUAAGCUUGGCUUGAUACCAAAAUUUUGGCUUCGGUACGACACCAGCCCCUUGUAACUCAGUAUUGAUGCUAAAUCGAUACCUUGAUGUUAAAUAUGUGCGAUUGAUUUGCACAUCCUGUUUUUCGAUCAUUUACUAAACUAAUAAUUAAUAUUGACAUGAGAUCUUUCAUGUACAGGCCCAUCUUUAAAUCUUGCAGGGUCAAAGACGAACUCAGCUUGAGGUUUUUUAAUUUAAAGUUUGCCCAAUUGUGACCCUGCCUGUGAUUCACUGGUUCUCUAAUUUACUGUUUUCCACAUAAAAUAAUCCUACAUAACGUAAACAACAUUCUUUGAAAAAAAGUUGAUGUAUUUAAUAUUGACUUUGUAAGGUCAUGUCAAGAAUUGAAAUCAAUGUAAAAGCAAUGAUUAACCCCAUUCACACAGCACUUUGAUUUCAGAAAAUUUCCGUAAAAUUGCCAGAGAGCCUUCUGUGUGAACACAAACAUGUCCUGUAAAGAUUCGGUUUGGGAUCACUUCUGUAAAGGGAACCUGGUAACAUUGCCGUAACACAAUGUUAAAAUGUAAAACAUAUUUACAAAACAUUACAACCAAUGUUCCCUAUGGCCGCGUAGGCUUAUUGAAGGUCCCGGUUUUAGUGCAAUCUUGCCUGUGGAAAAAAAUAAAAUAUGUGAAGACUAAACGCUCACUCAGGAAGCAGCAGUAGCGACAGAGCAGGCAUCGAUAUAACCUAAAUCGUAAAUCCACCUUGGCCAAUCAGACGCCUAACAAAAGUGACUUCGCAAGGCAAAAAUACAGUUUUACUGGCUACAUGACAACACUGCAACCGGCGUUUCUUAAAAUCCUCACCCUAACAGGGUUUUUUAAAAAUGUUCGGUUUCAGUGCCCUGAUACUGCAUUUUUGUGUGGACAAACGUCCGAACGCGUAAAAAAAAUUCACGGUUAUAAAAAUACCCGUGUCUGUGUGGACUAGGCCUAACAUUCACAACGAAAAACUGCAAACUGGACUAAAGCAGAGAUCAGGGAGCUCCUCACUAUCUACGCUGAAGUUGAGAUUAUUUACCAGUAUAACAGAACACCACGUCACAUUUUAAAUACGUCACAUCUUUACGGAAUCUUAAAAGGUACUCCAUCUAUAUUGACUUGUAUGGCUUUAUGGAUUUACAUUGAGAUUGUCUAGGAGGCCACCUUAUUUUUUCAAACUACAUGAUGUUAAAUGGUUACAGUCCAAACCUGUUUUCUGUCAGAUGUGAAUAUGUCAAUAAAAUAAGCUGCCAAACAGAAGAUAAACAAUAAUAAUAUAAAUGCACAGCAGGUGGCAGUAUGCGCUUGUUUUAUUUGCCUUACAAGAGGUCUAUGGUUCAGCCUUUUCAAUUUGAACCGGAAACAGUAUGUGGUGGUACGUGCUCUAUGGUUUUGGCUAGAAGGGAUACAACUACAUUCAAAAUCUCGCCGGAUGAGCGCCUUUUUUAUCCUAAUCCCACCCCCAAACCUAACCCUAAAUCAGCUCAGGCACCACGGGGGCAAACCUAACACUCUAGAUAUCCCAUAUAAAAGUUUUUUAUAGUUAACUGUGGUAAAAGUUGUACAUACUGCUUUUAAACCUACUACUGUAAAUACUGGUAAUUUCUAUGGGGGUUAUUGUCCACCACUAUUGUAUAUUAAAGGCGGAGUCCACGAUGUUUGAAAAACGCGUUGGAAAAGGAGACGGGCCGACUACCAAAACACACUUAUA